UUGUGGUGCAGGGGAGGCGUGGAUCUUGCUCACUUUUGACAUUCUCGUAGCAGUAGUAGCUUCUCCUCAAGGCAGGACUCAGAUGACACCACCCCGCCACCGACCGGAGGAGAAACAAGGGAAGCUCUCUCUCUCUUCACUGCGGAUGAACUAUGUUUUGACACCAGGACGUGUUUAGGGGUUCACCAGAUGAAUCAGAGCGCCGGGGAGCUUUUCGCGUCUUCACAGUAGCCGUGGGAAUACUUUGAGAACAGUCUGCCCCAGACUCUCGCACCCACCGAGCGCCGGUGGCGGAAUGUGAAAACCCCAUUUUGGCGCAUGUUCCUCUCCAUUGUGCGCAGCCUUCUCCUGCUUUCUGCGCGGUUGGAAAGCGGAGGAGGAGGAGGAACGGCUUUUCCCGACUCGAUCUCUUGCCUAUGGACGACGGCGGUCCCCUCUCUCCAAAGGCAAAUGCUUUCAGUAUUGCCUCUCUGAUUUCGGCUGCAGAGCAAGCAGGAAACGCAGCGUUUGACAAACACAGCACCGGCCUAGACAAGCCAGACCUGCACAACCACAGUUCCUUUAAAAUGCACUACAGCACUGUGACCCGGGAAAUGGAAGCCAUAUCCAGUCCGUGGCUGACGCAGCUGUCCCAUUUUUGCGAUGUUGCAGCCUUCACGACGAGCAGCCUGAGCAGCCUCAACACGCCGGGGGGUUACCACCUCUCUCCGUCCCCCGGGGACCCCUACAGCCAACAUGAGUCCCACUUCGAGCCUUGUCCGGCCGCCCAACACAACUACAACUACCCGGGGUCUAACCCGGGCCAGGCCCCGCCGAGCGACAACGGGACUCCCAACUGCUCCUCGUCGUCCUCCAACUCCACACCGAACAGCAAAACUAUAGUGAAGAAGAACCCUAAAGUGGCCAACAUUAACGUCCAGCUGGAGAUGAAAGCUUUAUGGGACGAAUUUAAUCAGCUGGGCACGGAGAUGAUCGUUACCAAGGCGGGCAGGAGAAUGUUUCCAACUUUCCAAGUGAAAAUAUUUGGGAUGGAUCCCAUGGCAGACUACAUGCUCCUGAUGGACUUCCUGCCUGUAGACGACAAACGCUACAGGUAUGCUUUCCACAGCUCGUCGUGGCUCGUGGCGGGUAAAGCUGACCCCGCUACGCCGGGCAGGGUCCACUACCACCCGGAUUCUCCAGCCAAAGGCGCACAGUGGAUGAAGCAGAUCGUCUCUUUCGACAAACUCAAGCUCACCAACAACCUGCUGGAUGACAACGGACAUAUCAUUCUCAACUCCAUGCACCGCUACCAGCCCAGGUUUCAUGUGGUUUAUGUGGACCCUCGCAAGGACAGCGAGAAAUACGCAGAGGAGAAUUACAAAACCUUUGUUUUUGAGGAAACCCGCUUCACAGCGGUCACAGCCUACCAGAACCACCGGAUCACACAGCUGAAGAUAGCCAGCAAUCCCUUUGCAAAGGGCUUCAGGGACUGCGACCCAGAGGACUGGCCCAGGAAUCACAGGCCAGGCUCUCUGCCAAUAAUGAGUGCCUUUGCCAGAACAAGAAACCCAAUGUCAUCUCCCCCUCAGCAGAACGGCACAGAGAAAGAGGACAGUAGGCGGGAAUAUGAGCGAGACCCCAGCGGCACGCCCAUACACGCUGACCCAGCUCACCAACUGAUGUCCCGGGUCCUCAGCCCCGCCUUGCCUGUCCCAGGAGGCCUUCAUGCCGUCCCGCUCACCAGUGGUCGACCCAGCCCUCCCCAUGACCUUCGGCCAGACCCUCACCCUAUACCCCCGGACACCCUGCACCACCACCCUUACAAGUACCCCACCACCUAUGAACACUACCUGGGAGCCAAGACCAGGCCGUCGCCCUACCCUUUACCCAGUAUCAGAGGACACACAUACCACCACCACAUGAACCCAGCUACAGCUAACAUGUACUCAGCCACCAGCGGCCCCUCUAACUACGACUACGGGCCCAGAUAAUGACUGCUGUCCAUCAGGGCUAACAGCACACAGCACUGUGGGAAUGGGAAAAGGCAGGAAAGGCAACACAGUCCUGUCUAUUGAUGGCUUACGCAACCUGUGGGGUGCGUUUACAGGCUGAAACUCCUUUCUGCUGGAUAAACCCUGCCGUAUUUAUUUAAAGGAAUUGAAUGCAUCUUUGGGGGAAAGCAUGGGCACCUGCUCCGAGCCCUUUAAGAGGUCUGAUUUGACCUUUGAACCCCAAUAGCAAGAGCUCUACAUCAGGGCACCUCUUACCUGAGCGGUGCAGACAUUGAGCCAGCAAACACAGGAGACAGGAGGGACCUCUCCUUAACACAGACAAUACCUUUGAUCACAGACUGGAACUGAUGUUUUUUUUUGUGUUGGAUGCACUUUUUGAUUUGCCUUGUUUUUAUUGCUUUCAAAAAAGCCAUAUGUUAUAUAGUCCAUCAACCUUCUAGGUAGACGAGAUGUUUGCAUGUUGAGCUCAUCAGAGAGGGUGUCGAAAUACAUCAAAUGUUUUUGUUUGAGGAAAAAAAAAAAAAUACGAGAUUUGAUUUUGAAACAUUCUGAACAUUU